CUCGAACGACACCAGAUUGAAGUGGAGGAGCUGCAAUCGAUCCUAAACUGUGCUGAAGAAAGGUGUUGUGUGUUUUCUGGUAUUGCGUCUGAUGUGCAAGACCGAUAUGAUGAGUUGGUGCUUAUGGUUAAUCGUGCUGUUGUUUAUUUGCGAAAUCUUAUAAUUGGUUUAUCUAAAACUUCAGGUGAAAGUGGGUUUGAUGGUUCUUUAGGUGGGGUUUCUUUGACGACUGGUGUUGUUAAUUUACGAGGUGAUACUGUUUUAAAUGUGGAGUUGCAGCGUAUGUUAAGUGUAUUGGGGCAGUUGUGUUGUGGUAUGCAGAAGGAGUGCGAACGCUUUGAAAACCAAAGCGGAAGUUUUCAUAACCUCAUGGAUUUGUUGGGAGUUGGUGAUUUCUCUUCCUCAUCGUUAUUUACUUUGUUGGGCGAGCGUUCUGAGGUAAUGAAGAGAUUUGUUUCUGAAGUAGAUGGCAAUGCUGAUGUGAAGGUAGGGUUAACUUCCUUGGAUAAGAUGCUUACGCACUAUUCUGAUAUACAAACGGCCGUAGUUAGUGUUGUUGCGGAGGAUACGAACCGUGCUGUUCACUUGGCACAGGACCAAAUUGUUGUCUUGCGAAGAGACCUUGAUGUGACAAGGCGAUCGAUGGAUGAACUAAGUCUCUUGCUGAAGGGUCCUAAUACCCCUGAGUCACAUGCUGCAGGGACGUCUUUGGAGGAUGAGUACGGUAAUCUAGUAGAUAGUUUGCGUGAGGAGCAAAAAUCCGUUGUUGCCGCACUUGAGGCGUUGGUGGUCUCUGUUGGUGGUGAUGGUGCUACGGUGAUCCGUGACAAUGAUGGGGUUCCUUUUAAAAAAUCCGUACAAGCACUCGUGGAGGAGUGUCGUAGGGCGGCUCAAGCGUUUGCAUCUCUCAAAUCGAUGCUGGAGAACAGUGGCGAUGUCCUUCAGCCACAACGGGAGAGCCGUGCGAGCAGCGUCAGUGGCAGCAUGAACAAUAGCAGUUGCAGCGAGUACAAUGUUAAUCGUUUGUCGUUACCGAUGCCAUUGCCGCUUGUGCAUGGGUACGAUGAUGUGAUCUCGUACGUGGUGUGUUGUCUCUCGUCUGUGAUGGAGGGGCGGGAGAGAAACGUGCGGCUGCUGGAGGAACUCCGUCGUGCUCUUGACACAGCGACCCUGCCGACCCCAACGGCCUCCCCUCUGCCCACCGAGGGGUUGGCGAGCCACAAACAAAAUUUACUGCUUCCCGUCCACGAGCUUCUCGACGGGGCUCGCAGUCCACGCACGACGGACCCACCGCCAAUCGUCCAGGAGGUUCGCCAACAUCUCGCCGCACAAGCGGCAGAAGUCAGUGUACUUCGUAGUGCUGUUCUGACGAGUGUUGAGAAGCUCGGAGGGACACCCAACCCAUCCACGGCAAAGUCGCAAGCCAUUGCAAAAGCCCUCGUUGAGCUCGCGAAGGAAACGGGCGACUCUAUCGCAGAGGUACGGCUGAUGCUUGACCCUUCAGCCGUGCAUCGUGGACCAGUGCGUCUACGUGACCUCUUACGACAACUUGAGGUGAAAAUGCAGGAGUCUGAGGCAGGCAAACAACAUGCGCGGGAACUUGCGGAGUCCAUCAUGCAUAUAAAUGACCCAAGUUUCUCCCUCACUGCAACGCGAGGGCGCUCCCUCACAAGUAGGCCGAAGCCACCUCGCGUAGGGAGUAGCUACGAUGAAGAAUCAUUAUCUCUGAAUCGUUCUUUUUGUUUAUCCACACCAGGUCAGGGUAAUAGUAUAUGCAAUGAUAAUGACUUGUCAAACGCGUCUCGUCAGAUAAACAAAUGUGUGGCAGGAACAGGGCAAGAAACCUCGAGAGUAUCAUUAGGAACUGAUGUCAAUAUCGAGAAUGUAUUGUCAAAUCCUAUUACCAUGCAGGAGUCCAUCCAAAAUAUUCGUGCUAAACUUAUCAAUAUCCGUCAAUUAACCAAUUGUUGCAGCGCUGCUAUCUGUAUGAUGGGGGGUGAGGUGACUGGAGAAAUUCCCUUGGAGGCACUACCUGUGCGCAUACUACAGAAAGCUCAGGAGUUUCAUGAGGUACUGCGGCUGACGCAGGAUAUAUGGUCCACUCUGGAAGGCAACGAUAAAACAGAUGACUCUGUUCCGACUGCACUCGUUCCACGCAUAAAAAAAAUUAGUGACACUCUAAAAAGAUUACAUAGUGAGAAUGCAGCGUUACAUGAACAGGGUAUCGCGGUGGAAAAGCAGAAGUCUUUUCUUUUACAAGACUUUGACCGUAUGAGGCAGACACUGGGGAGGGAAAAGGAGCAAAUAAAGAAGGAAUGUGAUGACUUGGUAAAUGAGCGGAAUGCUCUCAAGAAUGUCAUAGAGCGUGCCAAGGAUGAGGAAGAGGCGUCUGACGCAGCUCUUAAGCAAGCCCGUCAGGAAUUAGCAUCUCUUCAACUGGAGUUUAAUCAACUCCGUAGCAAGUGUGACCAGCAGCAAGUAGAGUCCAUGUCACUUCGAGCCAUGGGAGAUGAUAUGCGACUCUCUAUGGUAGGACUUGAGGAGGCGGCACUAACUAUUCGAAGAUCCACAGCGGCUGUUUCUGAACGAAUCCGCAGCAUCGUUCGUAAACUUCCAGAUGAUUCAUCUACAGCAAAAGAAACUAAUGGGUGUGAUGUAUCAGAUCGCCAGGAGAAAAUGAUGAGGGAGGAUGAGGAUGAGGAUGAGAAGGAAAAGGAAAAGGACAACAAUGAAGAGAAAAAGGAUGAAAAAGGUAGAGAAACAAGCCUCACACGGUCGUCAGGAGAGGGGGUGGAAGUUGCCUCUGUCUCAGCGGCACGUUUAUUAGCCGAAAGCGGUAGUGAAUUGCGUCGUUGUAGUUGGAACCUCAUUCGAAUUGAACAUAGCGUGCAAGGGGUGACACAGCUCCGUGAGUGGUUGCAAAAGGUUUCUGCCUGGACAAAAGAGACUAUCGCCCGUGAUGAGGCUUGGAUGCGUCUAAUACUACGAGAUGUCUGCCGUAAUGGAGCAAAUCUUUUAGCCGAAAAAUCCCGUCUAGAAAGAGGAUUCGAAAACAGAGUUCAAUUACUGCAACGUCGUCUAGAUGAGAUGUGCCGUGACCAUGAGAAGGAGCGUGAGUCUGAACGGCAGAAUUGGCGUGAUAUGGAGGUUGUACACAAUGAAAACGAAAAGGCUCUGCAACGUCGCCUUGAUUCCUUACAACAACAAAAACAAGAGCAGGAAGUUGCCCGUUAUGAAGCGGAACGCCAGGCGGCAAAUUUUCGCUCCCAAUCAGAGACUGCAAUGAAGGAGGUUUCACAGCUGCACGAGACUGUUAGCGCACUGAAAAAGGAACUGGGAAAAGUCCGUAGUCGUUUAAAAUCUUCAGUGAAGACGACAGCAGAGUCUGCUGUUAUGACAGAACCUUUCGAAAGUAUGUAUGAUUGUUUGCCUGCUAUUUUCGCACUUAUGGCGGCCGUUGGCGUUAAUGCUAACAAUGGUGAUGGAUAUGAUGAUUAUUAUAGUACAAAUAAUAUCAGCGGCACUGGUGUAAGUGGUGGAACGGUACAAUUAAAGGAGCUACUCCCACUCGCCUUAGAACGUGCAAGACAGCUUUCAGAAGAUACAGCACAGUGUCGUGCCUUACUUCUGGAGCAAUUGGCACUUUUUGGGAGUGAUGAUGAGGCAGCGUCAAUGCAUCAGCAUCAAGAUGAACAUCAGCAACUCCCUGAACUUAUUGAACGUCAUAGUAAAUCUAUUGGAAAGUUCCUUGAUCAGCGUACGGAACUGAUUGGUAAAUGGCAAGGGGCCUUGGACGAUCUCUCAAGACUGCAACGUGAGUUUAACAAAAAUGAGGAGGAUCAUUACCGCGAGAUGCAUGAGAUGGAACUCCACAUUAAUGAUCUCCGUGGAAUGGUGCAGCGAAAGCUCGAGGCUGACAAAAUCGCUGAGGAAAAUAUGAAGGAGAUCGAGCAAACAAUGGAUCAACUCCUUGCGGAUGUAUCAAAAUACAGUGCAGAAGAGGCAGUGGUGAGACGUCACGUGCAGGAGUUGCGACGGCUGAUUCGAUCCCAGUUAAAUAGGCAAAGGAAUGCCUUCAUGAGGACUUAG